AUGGACAACGCGCCGUACAACGAAGACGCUCCGGCGCAGCACGCCAACCCGCCACCGCCGGCGGACGCGCCAGCGCCGUCGAGUGGAGCGCCUGCUCCGCGCGCGGGCCGGAGCAAGAGUCGCAGCGGUAGCCGCGGCCGGGAUCGACGACGCUCCAACUCGCCGCGCAAUCGCAGCCCGCCCCGGCGGCGCAGCCGCAGCCCGUUCCGCGGCAGAAGGCGGUCGAACGAGCGUCCGGACGAUCGCAUGCGCCGCCCGCGCGGCCCCGAGCCGCUCAUGUCGUACAAGGCUUUUAUGAUGCAGCAAAACGACGAGUCGUCGCCCGAAGUCUACCAGCAGCGCUACGAGGAAUACAAGAAGAAGUACAUUCAAGGCCUCAUGCGUGUCUUCUUUGACGCGCACAAGUCGGAGGAGUGGCUGCAGGAGCGCUACUCGCCUGCGAUCCGCCACCGCCUCACGCUGCAGAAGAAUGCGAAGAAGGCCGCCGACGCCAAGGCGUUCUUUGAGCGUGUCGCGACCAUGCAAAUCUCCUUCCACGAAGCCAACAUGGCCAACGAAGCGUCGUUCCAGAACGACGUCGAAGAAGGCAACCGGAUUCUGUACAUUCGCCGCAUCCCAUGCUCGUGCCCGUACGCUGCGUUGGCCGAAGCCGUCGUCAACGCGGGCGGCCCGAUCCAAGAGCUGCACUUGUCAGACCCGGCCAAGAAGCGCGACCUGGACUUUGACCGGUCGGCGUACAUCAUCUACGAGACGGCGGCCGCGGCGCUCGAGGCGAUGCCCAAGCUCCAGAACGUGCUCGUCGAAGACCCGGAGAUGCCGGCGCCGAUCCGGCUCCAAGUCGCGCAGCAUCGGUCGCGCGCGCCGAUCAAGACGCCGACGUGCAUGUCGCUGCCAGCGCGCAUCACGUACGACUUUCAGCAGGCGCUGCACCUCGCGACCUUGUUGGACGCAAGCGUCUUCGGGGCGACGUCGGCCCACGGCGUCUCGAGCGUCCUCCACCACGUCAAGGACAGCAAGGAGACGCUCUCGGAAGCGGCCCAGCUCGAUAUUGUGAUUGCGUACUUGCGCCGCGUGCACCACUUUAUUUAUUACGCCGGCGUCCAGUGCAUCGACAUGGGCGACAUCCUGCACGCGCACCCGGCGCUCUUUUGCCGUCCGGACGCGACCGAGCGCGACGUCGAGGACAACCAUGCGGUCGAGCACAAGACGUUUGCGACGCGCGACAACAAGGUGCUCGCGGGCUGGGGCGGCUGGUCGGCGGCCUUGGACGAGCGUAUUGAGGCGGCGAUCGCGGCCAACGCGACCGAGAAGCUCGCGAGCCAAAAGGCGGCCGAGGCUGCGCUCGUCGACGACAUCGAAGCCCGCGAGGAGGCCGCGCUCGAGCCCGUGUACACGUCGUAUGCGGAGAAAGCGGGCGACGACGGGAAGCACCGGUGCCUCCUCUGCACCAAGCUCUUCAAGACGGUCGACUUUGUGAAGAAGCACAUUCGCAACAAACACCCGGAGCUUGUCGUUGACAAGAUUGCCAAGGUCGGCGAGAGCUACAUGUGGGAGUCGUACCGCGAAGACCCGGACCGACCGCUGCCGCCGUACGACACGGUCAACCAGCCGACGCUCGGCCCGAACGCCAUGCGCCGGCCGCCCCACGACUACCGCCAAGGUGGUGGCUACCGCGGCCCGCCGCCGUUUGGCGACCAGUACCGAGGUGGUGGCGGGUAUUAUCGCGACCGUGGUGGCCGUGGCUUUCACGGCGGCUACAACCCGCCGCCGCCGUAUUACCAACGCGGCCCGCCGCGCCCGUACAUGCCCCGCGACGGCCCGCCGCCGCUGCCGCGGGACUUGCCGGUCGACCCGCGCCAAGUGAGCACGUCGUACCAGGACUUGGACCAGCUCAAGGACAAGAAGGUCGAGCUGGACUUUGACGCGGCGCUCACGUCGCUGCCGCCGCCCAAGAAGAAGCAAAAGCAAGACGAGUAG